CUCUAUAAAAGAUGUUGCAGGACCAUUGACUCUCUGUCUGCCAACAGCGCUGCAUCCAUCCUCAACUAUGGAAGAUAUUUACAAAGCAGCGGUUGAGCAGCUGACUGAAGAGCAGAAGAAUGAAUUCAGGGCAGCUUUUGAUAUUUUCGUGCAGGAUGCUGCAGAUGGUUGCAUUAGCACCAAGGAGCUGGGUAAAGUGAUGCGUAUGUUGGGUCAGAAUCCAACCCCUGAGGAAUUACAAGAGAUGAUUGAUGAAGUGGAUGAAGAUGGCAGUGGAACUGUUGACUUUGAUGAGUUCUUGGUCAUGAUGGUGAGAUGUAUGAAAGACGAUAGCAAAGGAAAGUCAGAAGAAGAACUGGCAGAAUUGUUUCGAAUGUUUGAUAAAAAUGCUGACGGUUACAUUGACCUCAGUGAAUUAAGAACAAUGUUGGAAGAAACAGGUGAAUGCAUCACUGAUGAUGACGUUGAAGAGCUUAUGCGAGAUGGUGACAAAAAUAGUGAUGGAAAAAUCGAUUAUGAUGAAUUCCUGGAAUUCAUGAAAGGUGUUGAAUAA